GGUCAAAACUCGUCCAAAAUCACGUGACGUAAUUUAUGGACGGCCCCUAAUAAGGCAUAACAGAUUCGAACGGGAGCUUGGACACGUACAAUCUGCCCUACAAUUCUCCGCACUGUUUUUGCUGAUGCAGACUUUGAACUCUGCUGACAGCAACUGCUUGUUGGAUCGAAACUAAAAAAACAGCAACUUGGGAGCAUCAACCCAACAUUCAGGCCACGUGAACUACAUAUUUGCAGAAACGCGCGUUGAACAGUAUUUGUCCGCUACAAAUAUCCACGUGAUAAGCCACUUCGUUGAGCUAUCAUUUGUGGCCAGGUCGCUUCUGAAAAAAAAAAGAGCUAUACAGCUCAGUGGGACAUUACCUGGUAGAAAAAAUAUAGAUAUGUAGUUUAGUUUAUAGUUUGUACAAAAUUAGCACAUGCAAGUGUGGAGUUCGUGCGGAGACGUUAGGAUUGAGUGUGUGGGGGGGUGUUCACGGAAAGGACAAGCGGCCAUACCCACAGGAAGAAGGGGUGGUUGUUUGGAAUGUGGGGAGAUAUGGGGGAAGGGGAAGAGUUAUACCAAAUGGUGGGGUAGAGCAGAAUGUAUAUGAGGUGGGAGGCAUAGCGAAUGGGGCUACGGGGAUUAAGAGGAGGCUCUUUGUUCGUGCUGGACAAGUGUGCGUGUUGGUGCUCUUUGGAACAAUACGAUCCUCUUCGGACGACUCGUGUGGAAUAAUCUUUCAAUGGCGACCGUGUUGAUGACAAGAGCUCACCACCAGCUCACGGGGCUGCGUGGAACGAUCACCUUGUUGGGGCGGCAUCUGUUGUCCGGGCGUCUCGCGAUGAGCACAGGGCCCACCUACGAGACGCUGUUGGUUACCAAGCCCAAGGAUCACGUGGUUCAAGUGGAGAUCAACCGACCAGAAAAGCGCAACGCCUUGAACCAGCCAUUCUGGAAGGAAAUGGUGGAAUGCUUCAAUCACAUCGCAGACGAUAAAGAAUGCCGUGCGGUGGUCGUGUCUGGAUCUGGGAAGGUGUUCAGUGCAGGCAUCGACCUUGUGGACAUAACGGGUGACCUGGUAACACCGGAAGGAGAUGAUGCAGCUCGAGUUGCUUGGAACCUGAAGCAGGUCAUCAAGUUGUACCAGGAGGCCUUCAACGUCAUUGAGAAGUGUUCCAAGCCAGUCAUAGCAGCCGUCCACAGCGCUUGUAUUGGCGAAGGUUUGGACAUGAUUUCAGCAUGUGACAUCCGUGUGUGCACAAAGGAUGCCUGGUUCCAGGCAAAGGAGGUGGACAUUGGCCAAGCAGCAGAUGUUGGAACCUUGCAACGCCUGCCACAUGCUAUUGGCAGUCGCAGCCUGGUCUGUGAGAUGGUGUUCACAGCACGCAAGAUGUUUUCUGAUGAAGCAAAGAGCAGCGGCUUGGUCAGCCACGUCUAUGACAACAAGGCCAACAUGAUGGAGGGGGCCCUGCAGUUGGCCGAGGACAUCGCCAGCAAGAGUCCUGUGGCUGUGCAGGGCAGCAAGGUCAACCUGCUGUACGCACGUGACCACUCUGUCCCCGAGUCUUUGGAAUACAUGGCUGCCUGGAACAUGGCCAUGCUACAAACUAACGACAUCAUGAAGUCGGCAACGGCCGUCUUUCAGAAGAAAAACCUCAAGGAGAACAUUUACACCAAUCUGUGAUAUUGCUUUGUUCGAACACAGUGGCAUUUACAGAGGCAAGCAGGGCUCUAGAUGCAAAAGCUUUGGAUAACAAAUGUUAUUUUGGUAAUAAUUAACAGAAAUUCAUAGUCUGAUGUAAAUCUACUGCCGGUUGAAGGCCUCCCUGAUGCCUUGCAGGUCGUGGCGGCUAUAUGGACCAUAUUUCACCAUGCUGAUCCAUGCGGGAUGGUAAUGGUGAGGUUCCUAGACUGGGACCAAUUGAGAUAUGACUUGUCACUGAUGUUAGCCAUGGCUGGGAAUUGAACUCGAGUGGUUGGCUUCAGAGUGCAGUCUGCUAUAAUGUUAAAAAUAAAAAUGACAAGUUAGCUGGAUUUCCUAAGGCUGGCACGACUGUUGAUUUAUUUACAAGGACAUGGUGACGCAAGCAGUGUUGGGACGGUUACUUUUGACCAGUAAUUCACCUCGGAUAACUGAUUCUAAAGUCGUCGCCCAGCUCAAAGUGGCACUCUUGUGUUGUGGGUAUGGAUUAGUUUAUCCAUAAGACAACAACUCUUGGCAUCCUACAAAGUAGAAUUCAUCUACUCAAUCUUGGAGAUAUUUGAACUCUCAACUUUCUGAUGGCAUCAGUUCUAACACAGGGCUGCUUUUUAAAUGCAGUUAUGUUCAGUGUUUCCACGAUGUUAACGUGUUACGACUAACACGUUCACAAAGCUAUAAUUAUCUGCAGCCCCGGUGGUUCCCACUAAAUUAAUCUCGAACAGUCCUUGAUGGUUUCCACCAUGUAGAUCUCGGACAGUCUUUCUUGAUGAUUUCCACCAUAUAGAUCUCGAACAGUUGGCCCGAUGGUUUCCACGAUGUCGAUCUCAAACAGUCGGCCCCAAUGUCGUCCACCUGCAGUCGUCCUUCAGUCCCCGAGCCAGCGCCCUCAUCGCGGGCCUCACUCACCCUUAUAUACCCGCUCGGCCACGCCCCGGUAACUUCCAGCACUUUCCCCCGGUAGAUUCUUCCAGCAGACUCUACCGUCUUCUACUUCCCUUCUCGAACAUUCCCUCGUAACAGUACCCUGCACCUGUUUCCACCUAUCUCCACUGACCCCACUGUAACCCUUGCCAUGUACAAUACCCUACAAAUGUAAUCAACUGAUGAAAAUAAAUAAAUGGGUGCAGCAAUGUGGGCAUCAUUUGCUAAACAUGUGGGCUGACUGAUCACACGUGUUUUGUAUGUUACGGUUAAUAUUACACGAGAACAAAAAUCCACUGGCGGAUGAAGUCCUCCCCAAAUGUUCGUAAUGAUGGUUCUAUAAACAUGCUUCACCACGCUGGUCAAUGCUAGUUUUGAUGACUCGUUAAAAUAUCACUCGCUGAUCACUUUUAUCUGGAGACAGGAACAGGCCACUGGGUUUGUCGUGCAGUGUGCUAACCACUGUGCCACUGCUCCACCUUUUUGUGUAAACUAAAUUAGUGAUAUAUUUUUCUAUAUACAAAGCAUUCAUAACGCCAUGUUUUUUUUUCACUAUGCAGCAUGCAAUAGGUUUAUUGAACCAAUAAAUACUUUACCCUAAUGGUGACAUCCAUGCACUCACAUUUCACAUUGACAUCUGGGUAAAUUCGAUUUCCCAUCUGACUGGUAUCAAUGGGAGUCAAGGCCCUAAUGCACUUCAGGAAAUCAAUAUUUACAGCUAUUUGAUAGUGAAAACAUUACCCUCGGUCUAAUUGGGAUGUAGGCUACACUGUAAAAAUAAAUGUGCAUAUAAACUGAGCUACCCUGUUAAGAGGAAGACUUGUGUAAAGUUUACAUUCUUGAUUUAAUAAACUUUCACGGAGAGUAAAAUUUUCCUUUGGUUAUCAAA